CUAUCCUUCCUCGGUCGGAAUGUGGAAUAAUGAGCUUCUUUCACCUAUCCUGAUUUAGUGAUUUACGAACGAGCUUGCAACGAGCAGCAGUAGUCGGUGUUGCAGACGAAACUAACGAAACCCGGGAAUUCUUACUGCGCAAAAUCACCGCGGCACCGUCUCUUCUUGCGUCCUAUUCAUCCGAGUAAACAGUUUUCUUUCCUCCCCUUUCGGCCUUUUCUCACCCCUUUCCCUCCAUCUCUCAGAAGACGGAAAGCAAGCACACGAAAAAACACAGCCGAUCGACGCAGACAGAGCGCCAUGGAUUUGAUUUGAGUCUCCUGAGUAUCUCUCCCAAUCCGCCGCAUUUCCUGAUUUCUCCAGUUCUCUGGGGAGGGAGAUGGCGUGGUUUAGCGGGAAAGUUUCUCUGGGAAACUUGGAUCUGGCUGGGGCGGUGAAUAAGCUGAGCGAGAGCGUCAAGAACAUUGAGAAGAAUUUCGAUAAUGCUCUUGGUUUCGAAGAGAAUCCCACCGAAUCCACUUCUACCAAUGCCGAAGCACCAGCGGGGCUAUGGCCAAUGAUGUCAUGGAACAAUGGUGAGGACUCUGAUGCUGAAUCUUCUGGGGAUACAAAAUCCCCUCAGAAGUUAUCUACAGAUGAGGAAAGGCUUAGAAACGAGGAUAGUUCACCUGAAUCUUCAGAGAAAACUGGCUCUCCAGAGAAAUCCUCCACUAUCAAGGAAAGUCCUGAAAGUGUGGAUGGAGAUGCUGAGGCUACAGACAAAAAUGGUUCUCCACAGAAACUGUCUAUGAUCGAGAAGGUUCAAGAGCGAGAGGAUGACACUGUUGAGUCUUCUGGAAAAGUUGAAUCUCCACAGAGAUUGUCCACAUCUGAAGAGCAAGAGACACGGAAAUCGACCUAUGAGGAUAAUUCAGUUGGGGAAAAUGAGGCACUUGAGAGCCAUAGAGCUGGCGAGCAGACUUCAGAACCUUUAAAAGAUGAGCAGACUUCAGAACCUGUACCUGUAAAAGAGGACUCGCAAAAUCUGUCACAACCUGUGCCUGUUGAACAAGCUGACUCAAGAAUACAGACACUGCCUUCUGUUGUUGAUGUCCAAGACAGUGAAGUCUCAGGAGUUCAGGCUGCUGAAAGUUCGGGGCCGGCAGAAUCUAAUCUUGAAGUUAUUGAACAAGUUCAGGUGGAGAAUGUAUCCAUUGGGAAUGUCGUGCCAGGGGAAUCAAUUCGUCCACGUGAAGACGAGGAAAAGAAACUGGAGAUAACAGAGGGAAGUCCUGUUAAAGCUGAAGGGUCAAGUUACUUUGAGCUUGAGGUAUCAGGUGAUGCCCAAACUGGUGUAAGAAUUGAUCAAUCAGAUUUACAGCCUGUCAUUGACGUAGAGGCUGAAGUUGAUCGUGAAGCUUCUGUUUCCUCCGGACGUUCAUCAGAGAGGGUUUCUGAUGCAUCAGUUUCUAAUGAAGAUGUCGUUCAUGUUAUGGAAGUUGGCCCCAUAAAACAUGUAAAUGAUGCCAAGGUUGACAGUGAAGUGAAAAGCUUGGGUGCUGAAUCAGGCUCACCUGAUAUUAUGCAUUCUGAACUAGAAAAGUUGAAGAAGGAGAUGCAAAUGAUGGAAGCUGCAUUGCAAGGUGCCGCAAGGCAAUCCCAGGCAAAAGCAGAUGGCAUUGCGAAAUUGAUGACUGAGAAUGAACACCUGAAAGCUUUGAUUGAGGAUUUGAAGAGAAAGUCAAAUGAUGCUGAGGUUGAAUCUUUAAGAGAGGAAUAUCAUCAAAGAGUCGCAACUCUUGAAAGAAAGGUAUAUUCCCUGACAAAGGAGAGGGACACACUGCGAAGAGAACAGAAUAAAAAAAGUGAUGCAGCCGCUCUUCUAAAGGAGAAAGAUGAAAUUAUUAAUCAGGUUAUGGCUGAAGGUGAAGAACUUUCGAAAAAGCAAGCUGUCCAGGAAUCUACUAUGAGGAAAUUAAGGGCUCAGAUCAGAGAGCUUGAGGAGGAAAAGAAAGGUUUAACAACCAAACUUCAGGUGGAGGAGAAUAAGGCAGAGAGUAUGAAGAAGGACAAGGCCGAGACUGAGAAAUUGCUGCAAGAAACGAUUGAAAAGCACCAAGCAGAACUCACUGCACAGAAAGAGUACUAUACGAAUGCUUUGACUGCUGCAAAAGAGGCUGAGUCAUUGGCUGAGGCACGUGCCAACAAUGAAGCCAGAAUUGAAUUAGAGGGACGGCUAAGAGAGGCAGAAGAACGUGAGUCUAUGCUAGUUCAGGCACUUGAAGAGUUGAGACAAACCUUGAGUAGAAAGGAACAGCAGGCUGUUUUCAUUGAAGACAUGCAUCGAAGGGAGAUUGAUGAUAUGCAAAAACGUUAUCAAGCAAGUGAACGCCGGUGUGAGGAGUUAGUUUCACAAGUUCCUGAAUCUACAAGGCCUCUUCUGAGGCAGAUUGAGGCCAUGCAGGAAACAAUGUCCAGAAGGGCUGAAGCCUGGAAUGCUGUGGAGAGGUCUCUCAGUUCUCGUCUUCAGGAAGCGGAGUCUAAAGCUGCAGAAGCCGAGGAAAGGGAAAGAUCCGUGAAUGAGCGCUUGUCUCAGACCCUAUCACGGAUAAAUGUUCUUGAAGCUCAGAUUUCUUGUCUUAGAGCAGAACAGACACAGCUAAGCAGGUCGAUUGAAAAGGAGAGGCAGAGGGCAGCUGAAAAUAGGCAAGAGUAUCUUGCGGCCAAGGAGGAAGCUGACACUCAUGAAGGUCGUGCUAACCAAUUGGAAGAAGAAAUUAAGGAGAUUAGACGAAAACAUAAGCACGAGUUACAAGAAGCACUUGUACAGAAGGAGAGAUUGCAGCAGGAAGUUGAAAGGGAGAAAGCUGCUCGGUUAGAUUUAGAACGGACAAGCCGUCUCCAUUCUGCUUCUGCAGCUGACCAUACUCCAAUAGCAAGGACCCAAUCAGCCAUUGAAAAUGGUCGAUUGACCCGGAAGCUCUCAAGUGCUGGCAGUUUGAGCAGCGUGGAGGAAAGCUAUUUUCUACAAGCAACUUUGGAUGCAUCAGACAGUUUUAGCGAUAGAAGAAAUUCUGGAGAGCCAACAGUGAGCCCCUAUUAUAUGAAGAGCAUGACACCUAGCGCGUUUGAGUCUGCUCUUCGCCAGAAAGAGGGUGAACUUGCUUCCUACAUGUCUCGCUUGGCAUCGUUGGAAUCAAUUCGGGACUCUCUUGCAGAGGAGUUGGUUAAAAUGACGGAGCAGUGUGAGAAGUUGAGAGCUGAUUCUGCUCUGUUACCUGGAAUAAGAGCAGAGCUGGAUGCACUCCGGCGGAGACACUCAGCUGCUUUGGAGUUAAUGGGUGAACGUGAUGAAGAGCUGGAGGAACUGCGUGCUGAUAUUGUGGACUUGAAAGAAAUGUACAGAGAGCAAGUAAACCUACUUGUUAAUAAGAUACAACAAGUGAAUUCGCGGUCAUGAUGUCCGGCUCAAGUGAAAAACUGCAACGGAGGAAGUUUGCAGAGUAGAGUAUCAUUACUAUUGUUUUUUUUUUUAUGGUUCGAUUGUUUUAUCUUUUCUCCAUUCCUUUUGUGCUUGCCUCGCUUGGAUCAUUAAAGGAUCUAGUUUCCAGCAUUAAGAUGAUAUGCAUGAUCAUUAAUAUCUCGAUUGUCCGGGAGCGCUCUUCUUCUUUGAAGUGUUGUAACUUAGAUCGAUGGUGUUGUACAGCAGCAGGGAGCGAAUGUUGAGAAGUUUGCUCCUUCGUGGAGAUUGAAAAUGUUUUCUUUCCCUGGAGGACGUAUUUGAAUUUGGAAUGAUAGUUACGGAUGGACAGAGUUUAGCUGGAGGGCAGAAGUCCUCAAUGCAGGCAUGAACGUUUUCUGUAUGUUGGUUUUUGUAACGUUUAGGUGUUUUUGUAGUUGGUGUUUUACAGAUGCUUUCACAUAGCCCAUGUAUCUCACAUUCUCACCACUUCGUUCUACGUCUCCAGUUGGAAUGGAUCACAUGAUCUGGUGGUGACAACGACUUUGCUAUUGGUAGACUGCUGCAGACCGAGUUUCCGAUUCUCAACUUCCAGGCUUAGUCAUCUGAUAGAUGAGCCUAGGAGGUCGUUUGGAUAUGGGAUUGGAAUAUUGAAGGAUUUGAAUCUAAAU